CAGCGUCCGCCGAAGAGUGACAGGUGUUGUACCGUAUUAUACCACCGCAAUACAAUUUAGCGUAGUAGUACCGAACAGCGUUCGCGGCGAUCAGAGCUCUGUUUUGUUUUCGAUAGUACCGUAACCGCUCUGGCAUUAGAUCGCAGGAUUUUCGAAAACUACUGCGUUCAGCUGUGGCGUCGAUCAUAUAUAUUUCUCAAAUAUAUUCAAAGAAUAUUCGAGAGUGAGUGACUUAAAGUAAUCAUGAGGGGUACCCAUUGGUGCCUUCUCCUAACGGGUUGGACCGCUAUUUUGGUGUGUGACAGUGCUUCCGGAAUUUCUUCCAGACUGCCGCGUACUAGUGCCGUGCAACUAGCUGCGCAGGCGGCCGCCCAAAACAAAACCAUUCAACAGUUGAGGAGCACUCCCAGUAAUAGGACUACGUCGUUGCAAAAUGCUACCAAAUCCAAGUCUAGGGGAUCGACAAAACCCUUUUUUGGCGAUCAACAAACAAACGAAAGCAGAGAACAGUACAUAUUCGGGGUGUUCGAAGCGCUCAUCUCCACGCUAGAAACCAAACUGCAAAGGAUUGAAAACCUAGACAAAGCCGUCGAACACCUUAUGAGACGCGUGGAAGGUCUCGAUUCGAGAGUGAACAACAACAUAGACAAGACUGAAUCAGUCAUAUCGAAGUUGAGGGUCAUAGACAACAAACUUUUUCAAACCUCGUUUGAUAACGGUGGCAAGAUCGAUCCGUUGCCGGAAGCGGAUGCCGCGACAUUGGGGAGACGCUUAAUUUCGCUGGAUCAAAAAGUCAGCGACAUCGACAACAAGUUAAACCUUCUCAAAAAUCAGCUCGACGGUAACUAUUUACAAAACGAAGACUUCAACGCGGAAGCAAGUGAAAAGAAACCCGUCAGUAUGAACGUCGUUGAGAUAACGAAAGCGCUGAAUACCGAAGUGUUGAAUCACGUCACUAAGGAGCUGAGCCAGUUGAAGGAAAUAAACAGCGUCUUGGACAAAAAGCUCCAGUACCACGUGAACUACGUGUCAGACAAUUUGGGACAAGUGUUAAGUUUCAUUACCGAUAUUCACCACGCCAUAGUUGACGAUUCGAAUUCGUAUAAACUAAAAUAUUACAACCGUACAACUACCACGACUACCGCGAUACCGGAUUUGCCGAAAUCGAACAAAAUCGACACUUUGGUGCAGCAAAUGAAACCGAUCAUAUCGGUAUCCGAGAAAAUGGACGAGGUGUGGAACGUGGUGGUGGGCACCAAAAGCUCCGUGGACGAUUUGGUGCCGAAAUCGGACGAAUUGCUGACUCAGACACAGAGACAAGAGCGUGCCAUCGGCGAAAUACAUAACGACUUGCGGUCCAAAACUAACAAAAUAAUUGCCAACUUGGACAAAGUCGAAAAGAGACUUAAAAAGCAGGAAGACGAUGUCGCCACAUUGGCUCAGAGGCCGGUGCCCGCUGAAAUUUUGCUUUCGGACCCGACGAUAAACGAAGACUACGACACCACGAGAUUCGAUGAAGAUUAUUCUACUGAUACGACGCUUCCUGUGUCGUACACUACGCAGCCACCCAAUUUGAUUCAGAAUGGGCUGGGUAACAACAGUUUUGCAACUACAACGGAGAAGAGGAUUGAGAAAAGGAAAGGAGGAGUUAUAUUCCCAAGUGUUAAGAAUAAGCCGGCUCCUAUCAAUUCGACCUUUGUUACAUCAGAUAUCGUGCCCAAUAUUAGGGAUAUUAAGGGUUAUUCUUGUGCUGAUCUUUACACUGCCGGAAUGAGAAAUUCUGGAGUGUAUUAUCUACAAAUUAGAGGAACGACAUUUUGGUUCCUGAAGGUCUACUGCGAACAAGAAAUAGCGGAAGGGGGAUGGAUAGUAAUACAACGAAGGAACGAUUUCGGAGUUCCGAGAGAGAACUUCAACAGGGAUUGGAACGACUAUAAGAAUGGUUUCGGAGAUCCGGGCAAAGAAUUUUGGCUGGGAAACGAAAAUAUCUACAUGCUAACAAACAACGAGGAAUAUUCGCUAAGAGUUGAACUAGAAGAUUUCGAAGGGAAUAAAAGAUAUGCCCAAUAUUCGCACUUCAAAAUCUACUCGGAGGCCGAGUACUACAAGUUAGAAAUUGACGGGUAUGAAGGAAACGCAGGUGAUUCCCUGAACGAUCCCUGGUACGGAAGCAAUAACAGUCCAUUUUCAACAUACAACAGGGACAACGAUCGAUCGAGUCUCAACUGUGCGUCCAUGCUGAAGGGUGGCUGGUGGUGGAAAUCUUGCGGAAGGGGGCUCAACGGGCUUUAUCUUAACGACCCCCAAGAUCUAACAGCUCGACAAGGAAUUGUGUGGUUUCGCUGGAGGGGUUGGGACUACACGCUAAAGAAGUCAGUCAUGAUGAUAAAGCCGAAGACCUAUCUUAAUAACGGAACUUAAUUUGUCGUUUUGGAAGUUUUGUUUAUUUGGCAAGAUGUCGCUGACUCAAUUGCGUGUUCGUUUCGUUUAUCCGUCAGUGACGUCGUACCGCAUCAGUGAAACUUCCACGCAAUAAUUGUACAAAAAUGUAUAUGACGUUUUUAGUUUUAUUAGCCAAUUUAUAAUCAUCGCAUAUUGUCUACGUCCAAACAAAUAUUACGAGGAAAUUUGAUCUACAAUAUUGGCUUCAAAAUAAUUCUGCCCUUAUCAUAAUCGUUCAGUAUCAUCUCUAUUUAAGCCAUUAUAUCUACUGCCAUAUAUCUUUAUCACUGUGACACAACCAUAUUUUCAUUCUUUGGAGGGUUCUAUCAAACGUCUAAAUUAACCACGAUUUGUUUCUUAUGAUAGGUUAGAUUUUUUUAAAGAAAAAACAUUAUGGUCCGUGUUCGACGAUGAAGAAAAUUAUUCAGAUAUCCCAUUUAAUAUGCGCAUGCGCGGUCAUUUGAAAUCUCGUUUUUAACCAAUAAGACUUUGCGCCGUUUUGACAACCAAUAUGGCCGCUGACAGGUUUAAGUUUAGAUGUAACAUUUUUACGGGAAUGUUUUCUCAAAAUAUGCCCAUAUCCCGAAAAACAUUUCUAUGUUUGUUUCAUCGCUGUUGAGAAAAAAAAUUGCGCAAAGUGCAAGUUAGUGGGUAAAAUUUAAAUGCAUGCGCGGAAGAUCAUUCCCAUCUGCACGAAAGUAUCCUAACUACCCGAGGCGCAUCAAUUUUUACCCUCCAGGGGGCCAUAUCAUUUAAUAGCUACAUAGUUUUCUCGCAUAAGUUGACAACAUCUGAUAUCAUGUUUUUCAGUACUACGUGCCCGUAAUCAGAUGGUUUAUCCGUAACCCUAGCCCGUCAAACUAAACCAGUUUACCAAAACUUUAUCUUCAUCAAUGCCUAGUUCUUAAAAAGUGCGACUUCUUCAAUGGAUUGACGAAGAUAUGGCCUUCAUUAAGUAAUUGAUAUCCUUUACUUCCCAUUUACGUUCUAACUAACGGUUUCCUUAAAACAGACAAAAGCCGUUUAACGGGAGGUCGCAGUAACCAUGUAAAUCGAACCUACUGAUCAACUUUAGUACAGUAUAACGAUGACUGAAACCAGUCUGCCCGAGGGCAUUACGUAACGCAGGUUAUAACGGUGUUACGUGAAACUGGCGGCCCUUCAAAAACAUCCGAAGAUUGCGCAAAUUUAUUUAGUCGGUAGGCAACGCAAUUUGGGCUAAAAUUAGCCUCCGAACGAGGCGACAAUUUAUCUGCGUAUUAUUGCUUUAAAAGACUUGCAAGUUUUAAUUGGACGCGUAUUUCUCAACUAUCGCUUCUUGUGACUAUUAAGUUUCUCGCAGUGCUAACUUAUUUUAUAAAGCACAAUUUCAUAUCCCGCACCAUCACUAGUUGUUUUUUGUACUUUUAUGACCAUACACAGUCGGAAAGUUGAAAAAAUGUUUAAUGUCAGUAUUAUUUAAUGCUUAGGAAUAGGUCGAUUUACGCGUAUAUAGGUAAGAGUUUUCGUUUAAAUUUCCGCUGGCUUAGCAUUUAAGAUUAUUCGUCAUACCUGGUGGUUAUAAAUUGGUGAAUAGUAUUUCUAUAUUUUUAAAUAAGAAAAACAAUGAGUUGAAUUGCUAAGACUGUGAGUUAUUGUGUAUUGUCGACAUAACGGUUCUCGAAAGAAAAAAAAGGUAUACAUACUACUAUACAUCCACCAAAAUGUACCUUCCUCUUCUGGUUUCGAAGUAACGAUUCUAUUAAUUUUUGUAGGAAAUAAAUCUCGCAAACUUCUUUUUGGAAUUUACGAAUGUUUAUAACGUUAACAACUUGUCUGAGAGGCGUUAUGAUUUGUUUUAAAUGUUCACAGCUAUAAUAAUCUAUUCAUUGGGCGGACCAGAAAAUCGAUGCUUUAUACCGAGCGACACAAAACAGUAAACAGUUCAAUAGAUGAUUUGAAAUUUGGUACGUUCAAUACAGGCUAAAUUUGCAAUGUUUCGACACUAUAUGCAGUGAAUUAAUUGAUUUCCGGAAUUGUCGAAAAUGUCAAUAAGUAGUGAAUCAUAAUGGGGGCACACCCGGUACUUUUUUACAUUUUUGAAUUCAGCAUUUUAUGUUACGCAUGGUAUAUUUCACAUAUUUUAUAUUAUUUAUUUUUUUUAGUUGUGAUAGAAAAAAAUUUCAAUGACCUAUCUCACAGCAAAUAACCUCUAAACGAUAGGACUAACAUGUUUUUAAGUCAUCGUUUUUAUGAUCGUCCAAAUCCAAAGAUAAAUAGAAUGACUUUAAAUUAAAUGAUUUCAAUUUCCGGGUGAAAAAUAUUCCCACUUUCUUGUGUCACCCAGUAUAUAGUUAUAGUUCUAAAGUUACCGAGACAAGAACCAAACACUCAUUUCGAAGGAUAUACGUGGUUCAUUUUGGUUAGUUGGUUAAUUUUCGAGAAAUUGAAAUACAAUCUAUUUUGUAAAUAAUAUUAUUCAUAUAUGUAUAAAUUAAAGUUUAAUAUAUGUGCUAUUUUAAGUUAAA